GUGGUUGUGGUUUCACCUUGGAAUUUAUGUCAUGACACUUGGCCACAUAUACACAUAUUAUAAAAUUAUCCUAUUUGGCUCACACCCUAAAAAAUGCACUUCUCAUUUUCACUUCAAACAGAACUGACUGACUUCUGAGUUCUGAACCAGGGCUCAGACAACACUUGGCUCUAACUGUUUUGAGCUAAGCUGCUAGACUGCCGGUACGGCCAUCACUUUGUUUGGAAUUUGAACAAAGAGAAAACUCUAAUUCCUUAUAAUGUCUUCUAAGCCAUUAGACUAUGACAAUCUGAAUGAAAAUGUGAAGAAGUGCCAAUAUGCUGUCAGGGGUGAGCUGUACCUUCGAGCUUCUGAGCUUCAGAAGGAAGGCAAAAAGAUCAUUUUUACCAAUGUUGGUAAUCCCCAUGCUCUUGGACAAAAGCCACUGACAUUUCCUCGCCAGGUCAUUGCUCUGUGUCAAGCUCCAUUUUUACUGGAUGAUCCUAACGUGGGAUUCUUAUUCCCUGCUGAUGCAAUUGCAAGGGCUAAACAUUAUCUUGCAAUGACUUCUGGAGGUCUAGGUGCUUACAGUGACUCCCGUGGCACUCCUGGUGUAAGGAAAGAAGUUGCAGAAUUCAUUGAGAGACGUGAUGGAUAUCCAAGUGAUCCAGAACUCAUAUUUCUCACAGAUGGUGCUAGCAAAGGUGUGAUGCAGAUCUUGAAUACUGUCAUUCGCGGCCCAAGUGAUGGGAUAUUGGUCCCUGUUCCCCAGUAUCCGCUAUACUCUGCUUCAAUACAAUUAUUAGGGGGUUCUCUUGUGCCAUACUACCUUGAAGAGACUGCAAACUGGGGUCUUGAUAUUAAUGAUCUUCGCCAAUCAGUUGCACAGGCACGAUACAAGGGAAUAACUGUACGGGCUAUGGUGAUUAUAAACCCUGGAAAUCCCACUGGACAAUGUCUUAGUGUAGCAAAUCUUAAGCAAAUAAUUCAAUUCUGUCACCAAGAGAGUUUAGUAUUACUUGGAGAUGAAGUUUAUCAGCAAAACAUUUACCAAGAUGAACGCCCUUUCAUAAGUGCAAGAAAGGUUUUGUUGGAUAUGGGCCCACCUAUAAGCAAGGAGCUUCAGCUUGUUUCAUUUCACACUGUCUCCAAAGGAUAUUGGGGUGAAUGUGGACAGCGUGGAGGAUACUUUGAGAUGACCAACAUUCCCCCAAAGUCUGUCGAAGAAAUAUACAAGGUUGCUUCAAUAUCGCUCAGUCCAAAUGUACCUGGACAGAUAUUUAUGGGGCUAAUGGUAAACCCCCCUAAACCUGGAGAUAUCUCAUAUGACCAAUAUGUCAGAGAGAGUAAGGGUAUCCUCGAAUCAUUAAGGAAGAGGGCACACAUGAUGACUGAUGGUUUCAACAGCUGCAGAAAUGUUGUUUGUAAUUUCACUGAAGGUGCAAUGUAUUCUUUCCCACAAAUACGACUGCCUCCUAAAGCAAUAGAGGCUGCAAAGAAGCUUGGGAAAGUUCCCGACGUGUUCUAUUGUCUCAGGCUGUUGGAAGCAACUGGCAUCUCCACUGUCCCUGGUUCAGGAUUUGGUCAAAAGGAAGGGGUGUUCCACCUAAGGACAACCAUAUUGCCAGCUGAAGAAGACAUGCCUGCAAUAAUGUCGAGUUUCAAAAAGUUCAACGAUGAGUUCAUGGAGCAAUAUGAAGACCACAGAGGCUAUUCCAGGAUGUAAAAGGAGUAUUUAUUGUACUGUAUAUUGUUUUACAAUUACUGCUAUUCUCAUAAACAAAAAAAUUAUUGUACACUACUUGACCGUAACCUUUUCCUUUCCCCCCUCUAUUUAGCCUUCAUUUAUGUUAUAUAAGACUUAUUAGAUUUA